AGCAGUUAAGUGAGUCAAGGAGGCACUUAGGGAUCAUACAUGGAUAAAAAGCUAUUGGUUCUAUCACUGCAAGUAACGUUAUCGGAAAUAUUUAUAUAGUGCCACUUAGUCACGUUUUAGAUUAAGAUGCAUCUACACGCGAUAAACCGAGAAACUGCAAGAAUACUGGUCCCCUAGCCAGUUUUCUGUGCAGUUGCAUUGAUACUCGUAGCCUGACUCUCACUACAAUGUCAAGCUGCCAACACAUCGACAACAGCUGCAGUAGCAGCAUCACGGACCUGCUCGGGGCGCUGUGUGACAGCAGCUUGACCGGAGUGUCAUGGAAACGACGUGCCCUGGGCGGUAUUUCUCGAGAGGGGGUGCGGCGCGCUCUCCGCAGGCGGGCCUAUGGCGCUCUGCUGUCUAGACUUUUCCAGGAGAGUUCACCCAAACCUCCCAGCCCUCUGGCCUCCACUCCUCCCAGGAACAAAAUGCUCAUGAUUUCCUUUGACCUACGGGUGACUGGUUGCCCGGAGGAUGCCGAGCGACUGGAGGAGCUGCUUGGGAGGCUACAGGACGGUCCUGCCUCUGGCUUGGCUGAGUUGGACUCCAUGCUGGAGCUCCUGGUGCAGCUGGCUGGCUCGGUGCCCCCGCCGCCCACUUCCUUCAGCAGGGACUACAUGCGGCGUGAGCGGCCAGUGCUGCGCAGGACUCCUCUGGGCGGCUACCAGAGCGAGGAGCUCCAGAGGCUGGAGGCCAGGGCCUGGGCACUGGUCUGCGGGGAGGAGUGGAGCAAUCUAGGGGGUCUCUGCAGCUCGGUGGCACUGAUGGACGCCCCACCGGGGACCGGACUUCUGGCCUUACGGCAGAGCUCAGAGGUGGAGGAGCGCUUUGAGAGAGACACCAGGCUGUCGCUGUUUGGAGCCCUGCAGCACUCCCGCACCUCAGACCUGGACGUCAAGCUGGACCUGCCUCCUGUGCCCAGCAACGCAGAUGUAACCGGCCUGGCUAUCAGGGUUCCUCCAUGGUUGGACCAGUCUGAGGACGAGGGCUUCCAGUCAGCUUCUAACCUGACGCCAGACUCCCAGUCGGAGCCCAGCACCAGCCCGGAGGUGGACAUGUGGGAGGCCUUGCGCUGCUUUGAGCCUGGGAGGCGCCGCUGCUGGGAGCGUAUAGGCUGUCCUCCGGGCCAGAAGGUGGCGCCAUACCUGUCCGAGGGAGGCAGGGUGGCCUUCGACCAGCUCUACCGGCUGUGGGAGGGGGAGAUGAGGCUGGUGAGCUCCACCCCCUCCCCUCUGCUGCCUCUGCCUCUGGGCUCUCAGACUCCGCUAGUGAAGGAUGUCCUCAACGUGCUGAUCGGAGUGGCCUCCACCACGUUCCCCCUCAAUAAGGACUGUGUGCAGUUUGACGUGCGCCCCGGAGUGUGUCUGUCGGGGGCGUCUCCGGAGAGUGUGUCACGGCUGUUGGGGGAGCUGGCACUCUACGGCACACACUACCUGCGCCUCAGCCACUUCUCUCUUCAGAGCACCCACAAGCGCGGCCUUGUCUUCCAGGCCUUCACGGGGGGUCUGAGGCGAUACCUCCACUAUUACAGAGCCUGUGUCCUGAGCACGCCCCCCACACUCAGCCUGCUCACUAUCAGCUUCCUGUUCCGCAAGCUCGGACGCCAGCUAAGGUACCUGUCAGAGCUGUGCUGUGUGGAUGGAGAGUCCAGUGGGGUCCAGCCAGCCUUCCCUGUGGGAGUCAAGUUGCUCUCGUACCUGUACAACGAGGCGCAGAGCAACUGCAGCAAUGAGAACUACCCCGUGCUGCUGUCUCUGCUGAAGACCAGCUGUGAGCCCUACACUCGGUUAGUCCCCGUCCUCCCAACCCACAGCACCCUCAGCAUCCUCAGCAUCCCCAACCCUCAGCAUCCUCAGCAUCCCCAACCCUCAGCAUCCCCAACCCUCAGCAUCCUCAGCAUCCCCUCAGCAUCCCUCAGCAGCAUCCUCAGCAUCCCCAACCCUCAGCAUCCCUUAACCUCAGUGCAUCUUGGCAUCUCAGUAUCCCCUAACCUCAGCAUCCUCCCCUCACCCAACCCUCAGCAUCCUCAGCAUCCUCAGCAUCCCCAACCCUCAGCAUCCCCAACCCUCAGCAUCCCCAACCCUCAGCAUCCCUUAACAGUAUCUCUAACCUCAGCAUCCUCAGCAUCCCUAGUGAUCCCCUCCUCAGCACCCAUCAGUAUCAUCCCUAACAAUCCUCAGUCCCCCAGUAUCCUAAACCUCAGCAUCCCCAUCCCCAACCCUCAAUCCCUCCCCAGCAUCCCUCAGCAUCCCCAAUCCUCGUGCACCCUCAGCAUCCCCAACCCUCAGCAUCCCCAACCCUCAAUUUCAGGACCAGACUGCGUACAGUAUGCUUUCAGAGAUGUGUACGGGGAGUUCAUGAUCCAGGUGAAAGAGGACUACCUGGGCCACAGAGACAAGCAUUUCUGGACUCAGGGCUACACUCUGAUCUCAAACAACGUUGAGGACUGCGUUCCAGUCUUCUUGAGGCACAUCGCCAACGACGUGUACGUCUGUGGGAAGACCAUCAAUCUGUUGAAGAUCUGCUGUCCUCAGCACUACAUCUGUUGGUCGGAGCUGCCCGUGCCUCGCAUCUCUGUCACCUUCUCGCUCCAGGAGGUGGAGGAGAUCGAGCGCGACUGCGCCAUCUACCGGGGGCGCAUGGAGCGCAUCGCCAAGCACAGCGCCAUCAGCAGGGAAGAGCAGACUCUACGCACAGAGCAGGCGCGGCAGGAGCUCAUCCAUCAGGUCAGGGAGUCGACGGCCAAGACGCUGGACAGCAUCCGAGGUCGGAUGGUGUCGCAGCGCUUGGCAGAGGAGGCCAAGAAGAGGGAACGCUUUGAGGAGCUGAAGCAGCAACUGGAGUUGGAACAGGAGUGGCGGAGCAGCGCCAGGAGGAAGGAGAAGGAAGACGACUUCGGUUUCGCCCGUGAGCUGAGGGACCGUGAGAAGAGACUGCAGGCCCUGGAGGAGCAGCUGGAGCAGAGGGCCAGGAAGGAGUUGAUUGCCCAGUACAGCCGUCUGUCGGAGGAGGCGGCCAGGCGCGAGUGGAAGGCCGUGUGGCGGGUGCAGAGGAUGAGGCUGGACGAGCAGAGAGCCCACUUCCUCCAGCAGGACCAGCAAAGCAUCCAGGGCCUCCUAGAGAAAUAUCCUCUUGGGCAACCAGGGCCGAACCUCGAAGCGCUUCCAAGACCGGGACUAGCAGCUCCGCAAACAGCUCAGGAGUCCCUGGGCGCCGAGCCACAGGCGCAGCAGAUCGGAGCCAGCGGGGUGUCGCUCUCCUCCACCACUCGUCCUCGUCCUCCCCACGAUCCGCCUCCAUCUCGGGCUCGGCCACUUCAGCGGCGGUCGCCAGCGUGCUUGUGCCGGAAAACAAGAUGGACGGCAGAGACUUCCCUUCGGACGUGCAGGCGAACAGCCAGCACGUGGAGCGAGCGCCGCAGGACAUCGGCUCGGAUCUCCCAGCAGCCUCUGCUUCCACUCCUCCCCCUCUUCCUUCUCCUUCUCCUCACAAGGCCGACCACGACUUCAGCCCCCCUCUUCCCGCUGGAGCAGGGCAUCCACGCCCGUCCCUCCCUCUGCUGGGGCGCCACCUGCCUCGCACACAUCCGCCUCAAGGAGGAGGACGCCACAUCUGAGGCCGGCCAGGAGGAGGAGGAAGGCAGGCGGGCGGACGAGCAGACAGACACAGCUCUGCAGGCAGGACGGCCAACCCCAGGACUCCCCGGGCACACGGCAGAGACAGAUGGACUGACCGCUGCUGUUCCUCAGCCCCAGGAGGCCUCCAGUCUGAGCGUGUCAGUUGGGACUGACUGUGAGACGGGGGACCGCAGAGCACAGCCACAGGUGACUGGAGGGACUCGGCAGGCUGUCCUAGCACCCUCGCCUUUGCCAGAAUCCGCACCAGAGCCCAGUACUGUGGCUGGGGACAUUAGACAAGGUCAGCAGUCUGAGACGCCUUUGUCUCGGGCUGCUACCGCUGAGGGUUCUGCUGGACCCACGCAUGGACAUCCCUCAGACACUCACAUUAAGGUCGGCGAAAACAUUUCAGGUGUGACGGACACUCGCGCAUCCCCUAGUCAUCAUGGCCACUCCUCCGAUGCCCAUAUAAGGGUCGGGGAGAAUGUGUCUGAGGUCCAAAGUUCUCUCCCUACACCAAACAUUCACGGACACGCCUCCGCCUGCUAUAAGGGUAGGGAGAGGAACGCUGGAGGUGACCCACCGCCCCUCCCUAGCAUUCACGGUCAUGCCUCUCAUGGCCACAUCAAGGUGGGCGAGAACGUGUCUGAGAUUGUUGCCCCACUUCCCUCCCAGAGUGUCCAUGGGCACGCCUCGGACGCCAACCUGCAGGUGGGUGGCUUCAUGUCGGAGGUGACCCCCUCGCAACCCCGCUGGAGCAAGCACGGCCACGCCUCGGACUCCACUCUUCAGGUGGGCUGCCUGGUGGUCGGGCGCCAGAGCAGCUCUCUCCCGCAGCGCUCCCGUGCCCACGGCCACUCCUCGGACUCCACCCUCACAGUGGGCUGUGUGGUGUCGGGCGUUCAGCCCCAACUGGCCCCUCUACCGGGCAGUGCCCACGGCCACUCGUCCGACUCCAUCCUGGCCGUGGGCUGUGUGGUGUCGGGCGUUCAGCCCCAACUGGCCCCCUCCUCAGUCCCCGCCACCGUCCGACCAUCCUGGCCGCGGGCUGUGGGCGGUGCUCCCCCAAAUGGCCCUCUACCGGGCAGUGCCCACGGCCACUCGUCCGACUCCAUCCUGGCCGUGGGCUGUGUGGUGUCGGGCGUUCAGCCCCAACUGGCCCCUCUACCGGGCAGUGCCCACGGCCACUCGUCCGACUCCGCUCUGGGAAUGGGCUGUGUGGUGAAGGGCCCCAAGCCUGGCAGCGCACUACAGACGGACCCCUCACUCAAGGGGGACGGAGAUGCCCCUCAGCCUUCAACUGACCUGCUCACCAACCCAGACUCUCCCUACGGGCUCCUUGGCCUCCCUGCCUUUCUGGAUGAAGGGCUGACUGCAUGGGCUCAGGGCCUGGGCCUCUCCCCUGGCGAAAGCCCUGAGGACCACUACCUGCUGUCCCUGGCCUCCCAGUACCAGGUGGAGCAGUACGAGGACACCUACAACCUCAUGACGGCUGUCCCGGACACCCUGCUGUUGCAGCAGGUGGUGCGGGGGCCCUACGGCUUCCCCAUGGACCCCUCCCUCCACAGGGCCACCGACACCACAGCCGUGCGGCUCAGCGAGAUGGUGUCCCUACCGGUGCUGAUGAAACACUCCGUUACCACGCCUCUCAUCACUCAUGUGUCUCUGGUCAACAAGGCUGUCGUGGAUUACUUUUUUGUGGAGCUGUGUGUGGAGAGGCACUUUGAGGCCCUGCGGCACUUCCUUUUGAUGGAGGACGGAGAGUUCGCCCAGUCCCUCAGUGACCUGCUCUUCGAGAAGCUGGGGAGUGGACAGACCCCUGGAGAGCUCCUGACUCCUCUGGUGCUUAACUCCAUCCUCAACAAAGCGCUGCAGUACAGCCUGCACGGAGACAGCGCCCUGGCGGCCAAUCCCACGUCAAGCUCUGGGCGGGUACUUCCUCCGGAAACCUUCCACCCACACCCCCCUCUCAACCGUCUGAGCUACGCUUACAGCAGAGCACACCCCGACUCUCUCAACUGUCUGGAGCUACGCUACAAGGUUGAUUGGCCCUUAAACAUUAUCAUCAGCGACAGCUGCAUGAACAAGUACAACCGCCUCUUCUCCUUCCUGCUGCAGCUCAAGCACAUGGUGUGGACCCUGCGGGACGUCUGGUUCCAGCUGAAGAGAACCGCGCGGGUGAAAGGUGUGGCCGGCUCUGUGCAGUUCCAUCAGCUGCAGCUCUACAGGCACGAGAUGCAGCACUUUGUCAAGGUCAUCCAGGGCUACCUGGCCAACCAGAUCCUGCAGGUGUCCUGGAGUGAGUUCACUACCAAGCUGGGCAGCGUCAGCGACCUUGACGCCAUCCACCGCACCCACGCCGACUACCUCAACAGAGCCAUCUUCAGGGGGCUGUUGACGGAGAAGGCUGCUCCAGUCAUGAACAUCAUCCACAGCAUCUUCAGCCUCAUCCUGAAGUUCCGUGCCCAGCUCGUGUCCCAGCCCUGGGAGUGCCAGCAGGGGGAGACAGUGCACCCCAGCUUCAUCGCCAUGCAGCAGUCCUACAACACCUUCAAGUACUACUCGCACUUCCUCUUCACAGUUGUCUCCAAAUUGGUCAACAAAGGCUACCAGCCUCACCUGGAGGACUUCCUUCUGCGCAUCAACUUCAAUGACUAUUACAAGGACUCCUGAGAUCUACUCCCGACUAUUACAAGGACUCCUGAGAUCUACUCCUGACUAUUACAGAUCUACUCCCGACUAUUACAAGGACUCCUGAGCAACACGGUCAAGCCUGUUUGUGUGUGGCAUGAGGUGCAUGUCUGCUAGAUUGAUAUGCACUUAUACGGUGAGCUUCUGUUGUCCAUCUAGAACCACAGGAUUCAGCCUGUGCAGCUGUGCGUGUACCAUGCCUCUAUGCGCUUAUCUAUGGCCGUCCUAGAGAGACAACACAAGCAGGCACUUUAUCUAAGUACCGCGUGUGAUUGGUACAUAUAUGCUGGCGUCCACACUUGCCUUUGAGGUUUUGCAUAUGUGUGCAACGGAUCUACUGUAUCGAUCCUCUCAUGCUAAAUAUGCUGUGGUGGAAGCUAGCAUUUCUCAGCUAUAAGCAUUGUGGCCAACAGACAGCCUAAGUCCACCUCUGGUAUAUGUUGAGGUUGGAAAGCUGAUAGGCAGCUCUGUGUUGUGUUUCGUGUGGUGUGCCGACCCCCAUCCACCAAGUGAAGCUUAUAAAGCACUUCCUUAUCUGUUAUCUCUUCAAGUACAGGGGCCAAAUGACUUCCCCUGCCCCCCCCCCAACCUCAGGUGUGCCUGACCUCUUAAGCUCAGUGUAAAAUGCACAUUUUGUGAAUUGUGUAAUAAAUACCUAAUUUUCAA